UGUUUUUAUGGGCGCCUCACAGAGUAAUCGCGGAGUGGUGAUCCGCACGUUUUAAAGCAUUUGUCAGCUCUAUAGGUAUUAGGCGCGCUUGGUAGACUUUUCUAAACGUCUUUCUGAUUCGUUUUUCUUUAUAUGUACUUAAUUUUAGAGUCGUUGUAAGUUCGUUACGGGUAUUUCGAAGCCAUAGUUGCUUUGAAACUUGCAAACAACCCGCCGUCGUUAGUUUAAUAAGUUAGCAGCAGUCAUGUCGGGUGUUGUGCGAGGCCCCGCUGGGAACAACGAUUGCCGAAUUUACGUGGGGAAUCUCCCACCAGAUAUUCGCACCAAGGAUGUAGAGGACGUGUUCUACAAGUACGGGACAAUCCGAGAUAUCGAUUUGAAGAACCGCAGAGGAGGCCCGCCUUUCGCCUUUAUCGAGUUUGAAGAUCCGAGGGACGCAGAUGAUGCGGUCUAUGGACGUGAUGGGUACGACUACGACGGCUACAGACUGCGGGUCGAGUUUCCACGGAGCGGCAGAGGCUCCAGAGGCGGUUAUGGGGGGAUCGGUGGAGCACCCAGGGGAAGAUACGGGCCUCCAUCUAGACGCUCAGAGUACAGGGUCGUUGUGUCGGGUCUUCCUCAGAGCGGCAGCUGGCAGGACCUAAAGGACCACAUGCGCGAGGCUGGUGAUGUGUGCUACGCUGACGUUUACAGAGAUGGAACUGGAGUUGUAGAGUUUGUGCGCAAAGAGGACAUGACCUAUGCCGUCCGAAAGCUGGACAACACCAAAUUCCGCUCCCAUGAGGGAGAGACUGCUUACAUUCGUGUGAAAUUAGAUGGUCCCCGCAGCCCAAGUUACGGAAGAUCACGCUCCCGCAGCCGUGGAAGCAGAAGCCGGAGCCGCAGUCGCAGCGCCAGCCGCAGUCGCAGCAAUUCACGUGGUCGUGGCCGAGGAUCUCCCCGCUACUCACCCCGCCACAGCCGCUCUCGUUCCCGUUCUUGAACCAUGCCUCCAUCGAUAUCUUGCCCUUCUUAUGUAUUCCCUCCUGUUUUUAUCCCUGAGUUUCUCCAAAUGUCAGCUAAUUAUUUUUAUUUUUGCAUUUCUUGUCUUGAUGUCUCUGUUAAUGAUCUCGAAAUGUAGAUUUAACCCCCUCCCUCCACUCUCUCUCUCUCAACUUUCCCCUUCCCUCUCCCACCUCUUUACCCUAUUGUUUUAUCCUCCUCUCCCCUACUUUUUGUCAUGUCAGAUUUUGAAAAUUACAACAUGUGCUAUGGUGAACUUCAAAAACGUUGAGUUGUUAGAGCCACACUCAAUGUUUUUGCAAGUGUUAAUCUGAAGUUUCACUUUUGGUUGUUUUUUUUAUUUUAGUAGCCUCUCUUCGGAUAUAUGUGGGGUGGGCUGUUUAUUUGGUUGGAAGCCCAAUGCUUAACUGUAUUUUACCCUUGUGUCUUCCUUUAGACAUCUGAGGAGAAGGAUUAAAGUGAUUUGGAAUAAAACGAUUGUGGAGCACAUUUCAUUUGUAUGGUCAGGAUACAAAUAGGACAUCUAGGAGGAGGAUAGGACAUCUAGGAGCAAUCAGGUCGAGGCAAUGGUAUGCUUCAUAUUCCAUAAACUGAACAUUUUGACAGGUUGCCAUGUCAUGCAUGUUAUUUAACAAAGAUAUGUGUACUGUACUUUGUUAAGACAAGUCUGUAACAUGCUACUCUGGUUUCUGACAGAAUAAGCAGUCCUAAAUCAAGUGUUGCGAUGUAAGUGUAAUCCUUGCUGUCAAGUGUAAACAAACAGAACUGCUUUGUACAGAAAGUGUCCCAGCUUUGAGCAUCCUCAUUGGAUAAAAUGCUUCUAAGUCAGGAUUUUUUUUUCUUUAGUCUUUUGAGUGUUCAGUGGAAAAAAAAAAAUAGGCCCAAAACUCUUGACAUUUUAUUCUAACGGUCUUCCUCUGAUUUUCUUCCUGGUAUUUCAAGGUUUUGAUUGGAGGAGUGGCUCAAUGGAUCCCAAUCCUUGGAGCUGGAUGAGUGGAUCGAUUAGGGAAGGGAUAGGCAAGGAUGGAUGCUCGGGAACGGGAGCAGUUUUUCGAGGAUUCAAAUUUAUCAGAACUAAAAUAAUGGGAGUUCCAGAGCACCUUUUUUUUUUUUUUUGCCCUGUUGUUUAGGCCCCAAUGGCUUUAUUAUAGAAGAAAACGAAACAGAGGACCAGGAGGUUGGAUCAAAGGAUGGAGUCGUAGAUGCCCGGUAUGAGGGAAUUAAAAAAAGGGAGGUUGGGAGGGGGUUAAAUUUGGGAAUAGUUUGUAAUUUUUGCUUUGCUUAAUCUUUCUUUUAGCAUUUUCAAUAAACACACUUUCAAACAUA